GAGGCCCGUCGAUCGUUGUGGAGAGAUGGGGUCGUUGGGGAAGGAGGCGGCAGCGGAUCGGGUGGUGCUGGCGGUGAACGGCGCGCGGCACGAGGCCGCCGGCGUCGACCCGUCCAUGACGCUGCUCGAGUUCCUGCGCACGCGGACGCCCGUCAGGGGCCCCAAGCUCGGCUGCGGCGAAGGUGGAUGUGGUGCAUGUGUGGUACUUAUCUCCAAGUAUGACCUGGCCACUGACAAGGUGACUGAGUUCUCAGCGAGCUCCUGCCUGACGCUCGUCGGCAGCCUCAACCACUGCUCGGUGAUCACUAGCGAGGGCAUUGGCAACACCCGCGAUGGCUUCCACCCAGUACAGCAGCGCCUCUCCGGCUUCCACGCCUCGCAGUGCGGCUUCUGCACUCCCGGCAUGUGCAUGUCCAUCUUCUCCACCCUCGUCAAGGCCGACAAGACCGGGGACCCCGCCCCACCGCUGGGAUUCUCCAAGCUCACCUGCUCCGAGGCUGAGCACGCCGUCUCUGGCAACCUGUGUCGUUGCACCGGCUACCGGCCCAUCAUCGAUGCCUGCAAGAGCUUCGCUGCUGACGUCGACCUCGAGGACCUUGGCCUCAAUUCCUUCUGGAAGAAAGGUAUCGACCGUGCCGACGUAGGCAAGCUACCGGGGUACUCCAGCGGCGCCGUCUGUACCUUCCCUGAGUUCCUCAAGGCCGAGAUCAAGGGUCAAACAAACGAUGUUCCAGCCGCUACGUACGAUGGCUGGUACCGUCCCAAGAGCAUCCAGGAGCUCCGCAACCUCUUCGAUUCCAACUGGUUCGACGAAAACUCAGUUAAGAUCGUGGCGUCAAACACCGGCGCCGGAGUGUACAAAGAUCAAGACCUUUAUGAAAAGUACAUCGACAUCAAAGGGAUACCGGAGCUUUCGGUCAUCAACAGGAGCAACAAGGGGGUGGAGAUCGGGGCAGCCGUGUCCAUCUCCGAAGCCAUUGAGGUCUUCUCAGAUGGCACUCCCGUAUUCAGAAAGAUCGCCGGUCACCUGAGCAAGGUGGCCUCGCCGUUCGUCCGGAACACGGCGACAAUCGGAGGGAACGUGAUCAUGGCUCAGAGGCUGCCUUUCGCUUCAGACAUCGUCACUGUCCUUCUUGCCGUGGGUUCGACAGUGACAAUCCAGACGGCUUCCAAGAUGCUGUGCCUGACACUGGAGGAGUUCUUGGAGCAACCUCCCUGUGACGCCAAGACCAUAUUGCUCACCAUAUUUGUCCCAGAUUGGGGUUCAGACAGUGUCAUCUUCGAGACCUCUCGUGCAGCUCCGAGACCGUUCGGCAAUGCUGUGUCCUAUGUGAAUUCUGCAUUCCUGGCAAGGACUUCAGGGGAUGCAGCAUCAGGGGAGCUCCUCAUUGAGGAUAUCUGCCUCGCAUUCGGAGCUUACGGCGUUGAUCACGCCAACCGGGCUCGGAAGGUUGAAGAAUUCCUGAAGGGGAAACCAGCGAGUGCACCUGUGAUACUUGAAGCGGUUCAGUCGCUGAAAGAUGUUAUCUCGCCGUCAGAAGGCACCACACACCCUGAGUACAGAGUCAGCUUGGCGGUCAGUUUCUUGUUCAGUUUCCUUUCUUCACUUAGUAACAACCUGAAUGAACCUGCAAAGUAUAUUGCUCCCAAUGGCUCAUGUGCCAAGUCAUCGCCUGAGAAGCAAGAUGAGGUUGCCAGCGAUGGCUUGCCAAUUCGCUCAAGGCAAGAACUGGUUUUCAAUGAUGAAUACGAACCUGUCGGCAAGCCAAUCACGAAAGCUGGGGCGGAGCUGCAAGCUUCUGGGGAGGCUGUGUAUGUUGAUGACAUCCCAGCUCCCAAGGAUUGUCUCUACGGAGCAUUUAUCUACAGCACACACCCUCAUGCCCAUAUAAAAGGUGUCAACUUCAAAUCAUCGUUGGCUUCCCAAAAGGUCAUCACGAAAAUUGUACGCGAACAUGAUGAACCAAUUUGGAAGGAGUUCUUCGAGGAGGAGAUCCUCAGGGGAAUCUUCUAG